CUUCUUCUUCUUCUUCUUCUUCUUCUUCCACCCAACCAACCAACCACCACCGAGUUUCUUCUGUUUCGCGGUUAUUGAAAAAAUCACAUUUCGCGGGCGAGGGAACAAAAGGGUAAAGUUUUUUCGUUUAUUUCAGCGGCUUUACCUCUUAUUUUUAUUUUCGUGGAAAAUUAAGAGCUCGCGGCAACUUAGAAUUAGGAUUCUUGGAAUCGCUUAUUGUAUCGACUCUCUCCCCUCCCCUCCCAUCGCGCAUCCGAGAGUUUAAUUACGAACCUGCCAUCUUUCUUUGUAGGCAAGUAUUUAACAUAAACAUGGAUAGAGCUAUUAGAAGGAGAACGACGAGUAGUGGAUCUGGUUUGGAUCAGACUAAUGGAGCAGAGGUAACUCCAACUCCUAACAAAGUACCAGAGGCAGAAAGUCACAUGAAACAUGAAUCGACCAAUGAUGUAAACGGUAAUGUAAAGAUAGCCAAUGGGGUUUCUGGUGAAGAAGAACAAGAAUCAAGAACCCCUGUAACCGUAAAGAAGAGUUCUGGUACUAAAUUUACAGGUUCGCAUCGUGAACUUGUCCUUGGUCUUCCUUGCCGUGGACAAUUUGAGAUCAAGCGGAGUUCCAAGAAGCUAGGAGGUGGUGGUGGUGGUGGUAAAAAGAAUGUGCUGGCUUCAAGUCACAAGAGAGCUCAGGGAUCUAAAGAAGCUGCUUCUGUUCGUUCUAAUCCUACGCCUGUAAAUGAAUCAAAGAAAAGGAAGAAUUAUAUUAAUAAAGUAGAAGUUAGAGAAGAUGAUGAGUACACAAGGAUCAAGAAGAAACUUCGGUACUUUCUAAACCGGAUCAGCUACGAGCAAAGCCUUAUUGAUGCUUAUUCUUUAGAAGGCUGGAAAGGUUCAAGCGCGGAAAAGCUAAGGCCAGAGAAAGAGCUUGACCGAGCUAAGAAGGAGAUUCUACGACGCAAAGUUAAAAUCAGAGACCUUAUUCAGCAUCUGGACACACUCUGCGCCGAAGGGAACAUUCCAGAGUCUUUAUUUAAUUCUCAUGGAGAGAUCUCUAGUGAGGAUAUCUUCUGUUCAAAAUGUGGUUCGAAGGACGUACAUAUUGAUAACGAUAUCGUACUAUGCGAUGGGUUUUGUGACCGAGGCUUUCACCAGUACUGUGUUGAACCACCUUUGCGGAAAGAAGAUAUUCCUCCGGAUGAUGAGAGCUGGUUAUGCCCUGGAUGUGCUUGCAAAGAUUAUAGCUUUGAGUUGCUCAAUGAUUCUUUGGGGACAAAACUCUCGGUCAGCGACAGUUGGGAGAAAGUAUUUCCUGAGGCAGCAGCAGCGAUGGCUGGUGGUGGAGGUUCAAAUCUGGACUGUGAUCUUCCUUCAGAUGAUUCUGAGGAUGAAGAGUACGAUCCGGAGGGUUUGAAUGAUAAUGAAGGUGAUGAAGAUGGCAGUGAUGAGUCUGAGAACGAAGAUGGGAGUUCGGAUGAAUCUGCAUCUGCAUCUGAGGAAAUGAUUGGAUCAUUUAAAGAUGCAAAAGAUAUAAUGAACCUUCCGUCUGAUGAUUCUGAGGAUGAUGACUAUGAUCCUGAUGCUCCAGCUCGUGAUGAAGAUAAAAUGCAAGAAAGUUCAAAUUCAGACGAUUCAGACUCUGAUGAUGUGGAAGCUAACUCAAAAGGAGAUGAGUCUGAUCAGCAAGAUGAAGUUACGCCACAUGGGAAGCUAGGCAGAAAAAAAUCUAAGCUCCCAGAUGUUUCCAUCUCAGAGUCAGAUGCUGGGAUUGGUGAAGAUGUUCCGGGGAGGAGGAAGGUUGAAAGGCUGGACUACAAAAAGCUCUAUGAUGAGGAAUAUGAGAACGUUCCUACGUCAUCAAGUGAUGAUGAGGAUUGGGAUAAAAUUGCGGGAAAAGAAGAUUUCGAGUCAGCAGAUGAAGGGGACACUGUACCUCUGGAACAGCCUUCCAUAGAAGAAGAUCAGAAACCGAAAAGAGAAAAUAAAAAGGUUACUUUGAAAGCGCCACAAGAAGCACCCAGAGAAGAUGGUUGUUCUGGCAAACAAAGCAGCUCUGCAUCAUCUAAACAGACAAAUCCCAAAACUCAGAGAUUAUUUGAGUCUUUUCAUGAGAAUAGAUAUCCAGACAUUAGCACAAGGGAGAACUUAGCCAAAGAGCUACAGAUGACAGUUAAACAAGUUAAUAACUGGUUUAGGAAUACGCGUUUUUCAACAAGCAAAACAAUGUCUUCAAAGGAAGAUGUUGAGAAGUUAAGAACAUGCAAGGAACGUGACGGUGAGACAUCUGUUGCUGGAAGUAGCAAACAAACCGAACCAGUCACAGAGAAUAAGAGUGGAGCAUCGGAGUCAACUAGUAGUGGAUCAAGAAAAAGAAGGAGAAGGUAGACUUAGAGAUUCUUAAUCAUGAAGGGUUUUAGUUAACUUGUCGAUUAUGAAGACUUCGAAGUUGUAGCAUUGCAAGAAUCAGUGAUGCUAAAGUGAAAAAGUUGAGGCAACAUAAAGAUAUAUUUGGUCAGAUGAAAAAUUGGAUAUGUUUGGUUCAUUUUGAUUUGUAUGUCAUGAAUUUAUGAUUAUGAAAUUUUUUGUUUAUGGUAAGAUCUGAAAGAAUGAUUUGUGAA